AUGCAUAACGAGGCGAGCGAAGGUCAGGGGUGGAUAGCACCUGGCCCCAAGUACAUUGUGGAACAUUUGGAUGAACUGGAAGAGUGGUGCAUACUAGAGUAUGUACACAUAUGCGAAACAGUAAAGGACGAAAAUGUCAUAUUUACAAAAUUUGACAAAGAGUUUAGCACUAUAUCAAAGGAGCAUAAACCUACAUGUUAUCAACAACCUAUUAACCAAUUGAGAGAAAAAUUCGGAUGGAAGAGAAUAUGUCUCCUAGACAUGAAAGCAAAAGAUGUUUUAACAUGUGAUGAUAAAAAAAAUUUGGAUUUUUUACUCUUUGGAGGAAUACUAGGGAAUGUGCCAUCUGAUGAUAGGACUUCCAUUUUGAGAAAAUGUCAAUUUACUCUUUCGAGAAAUUUAGGAGAUAUGCAAAUGACCACUAACACAGCUGUACUAGUUUGUCACAUCAUUUUAAAUAAUAAUGUCGAAUUGGAUGCUAUUCCUUUUGUUGAUAAUCCAGAAAUACCUUUGAGAAAUAAAAAAGAAUCAAUGGUUCUUCCCUUUCGCUUUGUUUCCAAGUACUUUUUUACAAAAUUGGAACAAGACAGACAUGUCCCUGUUCUCCCAAGAAAUUUCACAGAAUAUUUGAUUCGUCUCGGGGAUCAGCGUUUGACAGACUUGGACGAUUUCCUUUCGGCUCCUUGA